AUGUCGAGAUGUUCACUCUUUCAUUCGCUGCUGCUACUUGUAAGCUUUGCUCUUUCAUUUCAAGUCCAUGCUCAAGACCCAUCAGGUUUCAUUAGCUUAGAUUGCGGAUUGUCAGAGGAUUUAAGCUAUACUGAUUCCACAACAGACAUAUAUUACAUUUCGGAUGAAUCUUACAUUCAAACCGGAAUAACUAAGCGUAUAUCAUCAGAAUAUUCGAAGGUGUAUCAGCAGAUGUACUGGACAGUUCGAAGUUUUCCCCAAGGAGAUCAAAACUGUUAUAACUUUACCUUGAGGAAGGGAGACAAGUACAUAAUCAGAGUAAGUUUCUUGUAUGGAAACUACGAUGGGAAAAACACAGUGCCACAAUUUGAUAUCCGUUUAGGACCUAAUUUAUGGGCAACGGUUAAUUUAGACAACACUUCUCGUUCCUGGGAGAUCAUUCAUGUUCUUCAAUCAAAGUAUUUGUAUGUUUGUUUCGUUAAUACUGGGAAUGGGGUGCCUUUCGUAUCAGUAUUAGAGUUGAGGCUUUUGACAAAUACUACACUUUAUACAAGUCAGUUUCAAACUGAAUCACUUUCACUUUGGAGAAGACUUGAUGUUGGUCUGCCAUCUGAUGGUUUCCUCAGGUUUAAAGAAGAUGGUUAUGAUCGCAUGUGGUGGCCUUAUCAAAGAGAUGAUUGGAGGGUAUUGAAUACUUCUAUCAACAUGGAAACCAAUAACGUCUACCAGCCACCAUUGGUGGUCAUGGAAACUGCCGGUACACCAGCAGAUGUUGGUCAGCCGAUGAAUAUCAGUGUUCCAAUUGACCGGUUUUAUGUGUACAUGCACUUUGCUGAAAUUGAAGUUCUCAAUAACAGCAUUGAAUCCAGAGAGUUCGACGUGUAUAUAAAUGGGCAGAAAUUUUAUGGAGGUUUUCGUCCUGCAUAUUUGCAAGUAUUCAGCUUAUACAGCGACUCAGCCCUAAGUAGUGGUGAGAUUUCAAUCCAAAGAACCAGUAAUUCAACCCUUCCGCCCAUCCUUAAUGCCAUUGAAAUUUAUGAAGUGAAAAACUUCUUACAGUCUCAAACAAAUGAAAAAGAUGUUGAUGCUAUUUCGAAUAUAAAAUCCAUUUAUGGAAUAAAGAGAAACUGGCAGGGAGAUCCAUGUGCGCCUCAAAAAUUCUUGUGGGAAGGACUUAAUUGCAGCUACGAUACUAAUCCUCCAAGAAUCAUAUCUUUGAAUUUGUCAUCUAGUAAUUUGAAUGGAGAGAUACCUAAUGUUACAGCCAAUCUCUCUCAAUUACAGCAACUGGACUUAUCCAACAACCGUUUGACUGGACCAGUGCCUGAAUUCCUGGCUAACCUGCAAUUCUUGACUCUGCUAAAUUUGAGUAGAAACAUGUUUAAUGGUUCAGUUCCUGCAAAACUCAUGGAAAGGGCAAACCGGGAUCUGCUAGAUUUAAUCAUGGAUGAAGAUACAAGUCCUAUUUGUGCACCCGACUCAUGCAAUAACAACAAUGACGACGACAAAAUUGUCCCUAUUGUAGCAUCAGUUGCAUCCAUAGUUUUGGUCCUAAUAAUUACUUUGGCCGUAUUAUGGAAGCUUAAAAGAAGAAAACAGCCUGUUUCUUCAACGGAGAAGACUGAUGUCGAGGAUUCCGGAAAAACAAACCAGUACUUGCAGGGUUCACCAAAGAACCGACAGUUCAGCCAUGCUCAGGUCCAAAGGAUGACGAACAAUUUUGAAACAGUGUUAGGUGAAGGAGGAUUUGGAAAAGUUUUUCUGGGCUAUUUAGGUGAGACCAAAGUAGCAGUGAAGAUGCUUUCACCAUCAUCCGUUCAAGGGUAUAAGCAGUUUCAAGCUGAGGUGGAAGUUCUAUUGAGAGUUCACCAUAGAAAUUUGACGAUGCUUAUCGGAUACUGCGAUGAUGGCAGCAACUUGGCGCUAAUCUAUGAGUACAUGGCCGAAGGAAACUUAGCAGAGCAUCUCAAAGGUUGGAAAGCAUCGAGAGACAGAGGUGUUUUGAAUUGGAAAGUAAGACUUGGCAUAGCCAUGGAAGCAGCACAAGGACUACUGUAUUUGCACCACGAUUGCACACCGUCUAUAAUCCACAGAGAUGUGAAGUGCACCAACAUAUUGUUAACUGAAAGUCUGCAUGCCAAGCUCUCUGAUUUUGGGUUGUCCAAAGCUUUUCCACUUGAAGGCCACAGUCUCAUUACUGGGGUUGCUGGUACCCCAGGAUACCUUGAUCCCGAGUAUUCUACUUCGAAUAGGUUGACAGAGAAAAGCGAUGUCUAUAGCUUCGGAGUAGUCCUUUUGGAGAUCAUUACGAACCAACAAGUGAUUAUUAAAUCGUAUGACCAGACCACACAUAUAAGCCAAUGGACUAGUUUGAUGUUAUCUAAUGGUGAUAUCAAAACCAUAGUUGAUCCAAGAUUGCAAGGAGAUUUUGACAUUAACUCAAUGAAGAAAGCAGUUGAACUGGCAAUGGCCUGCGUAUCUCAAACUUCGAUGAAAAGGCCAUCAAUCAACUACGUUGUGGCGGAGAUAAGCGAGUGUUUGUCGACUGAGAUUGAAAGGAAUCAACAGCACAACAUUCAAUUUGCUCCAGCUGUAAGGAAAUCCCUCGCCUAGGCAGACGGGAUUAUGCAAAAUAUAUUAGCAUAACCUAUUUA